AACCUGGGACGAGCUCUUAGGUGCGCGAAUUUCCUAACGACCGCGUUGGCCCGAAUUUCCGCGUUUCACGUUUUUCGAAAAACCGUGUCGUCGAUGAAAAGUUUCCCGCUGAAUUUAUUUUCCUGGAAAGUCGGGAUUCGCUCUCCGCGUUAUUUCACUCGACGAAACCGGUUUGAUCGGUGAUUAUAAAAUAACAAGAUGUUAUUAUUCGCGUUACAAAAAACCCCCAACUUUAAAAGUCCAUCGUUCGAGAACCGGUUGAGCAAGAGACGUUUCGCGAUCGACGUUGCACAAUAAUCAAAGGCAGCGCGUUCUACCUACUCUUAAUUCGCCAUUGUUCCGUUCGUCGCGUCAGUACGUUAUUGUUUCACGUACGCGUUUCACAAUCGAACAAGAAAUCAUCGCCGGGCGUUCGUCAGGUGUAUAAUUUCGAAUUCCAUAUCGUUCUUUCAAAUCAGAUUAACAGGUGGCUGCGUGAUUGCGUAAUUAAUCAGAAAUUGGAUUAACCUCGUUCGCGUCCAAACAAAGAAACGCGAUGCUCGGGGACAGUUUUCGCUUACUAAUCGUCGAGGUAUGACCCGCAGCUGUUUGUUUCUCUCAUCGUUGCAGUGCGUAGACGUAUCGCGGGAACAAAGUGCACCGAAUCUGAUACGAUUUAUUUUGUUCGAACGCGUAAUUCUCGAGCGCGCCUUUCCAUUCUCGUUUUCUCGCGUUUCGAUAUUGCGUUUCGAAGCUCGUUAAGUUUAAAUAAAAUUCGAAGACUCCUGGUGUCCCGGAAUAUUCUUCUUUGGGUUGCGAAGCCAGUAUAUACGAGGAGGGCAGGGACGUCGUUCGUAUCGAAAAAAUCGAUUCGCGAUACGCGACACGAACCGAUCGAGGAAUGAGCAUGCCACGGAUGCUGCACCAGGAGCCCGGAUGGAAGAUCGAGCGCAAAGGUUCGGCCCUUCUGUUGAGACGGGACAGUUCCCAUCCGAAGACGAGUCGCGUUUACUUCCGUUGCGACGUGGAGGUGCGCGAAUUCGAGCGCGACGAGGAUUACGCGCUCGAGGCGGAACCGGAGGCAGCUGCCAGUCCCCUGGCGAUGUGCGCCAGUUGCUUGGCGGCCCUCUGCGUGACGGUGAUUCUACCCUGGCUGCUGAUAGGCGGUUAAAGGCCCCGGGGAGCCGCGAUCUUUGGGGGGGAUGUCAACCGGUUGUGCACCUGUGACACCUGGACUCGAUCGAACGUCGGGACAGUUUCGACGCGCGAUACACCAGAGACUAUGGACCUCGAAUACCUAUGGAGGCUCGAAUUCGCACGGAGAUCGAACCAGGACGCCGAUCGAGGAACCGCGGAUCGAGGAUUCGGGCGGAGAUUGGAUACAGUUCCUAAUCAGUGAUACGGGGCGAGAUUUUCGGCGCGCACCUCCGCAUUGUUUAUGAAAAUGAUCCAAAAGUUUUUGGGGAAUUGAUAAACGACGCGAGGUAAGGGCUCUUGGAGGCGUUCCAAGGUUUUCAGGAGAAAGAAUUCCCCGGGGGAUGCCACGAAAGGGUGUACGUCGGGGUCUAGCGACAGUGUACACACAGGUCGUUGGCUCGAUCUAUGGUGGCGUGUAUGACUUGGCAGUUAUGUAUUAGGAAUGAGCUAGUGUCUGCCAGGCAAGAUGGCGCGGCUACCAAUUUGCUAACGUUGACUACGGGGCUCCGUGACGCAUUCUCUGUGAUUUUUCUUCUGUGAACCUUGCAAUAUACGCACUGCCUUGUUGCAUCGAAUCUGAGGGAGAAAUAUAAACGGUUAUGGGGGUGGUCGCAAGAAUCUGUAACGCUAAGGUUGAUGCAAGAGGCGAGGCAGUGGUUAUUUGCUGCGUUAACGAUCUCAUCGAUUUCUAUAAUCUUAAGUGAAUUAUUGGGGCUGCAAGUUUAAACUAAUAUUGUAUCAUAUAUGUUAAUGUAAUUAUUUAAAAAUUUAUGUAAUCCUCCAUUAGUUCAUUACUUUAAAGGAAAAUUGAUUUCGAUUCACCAGUUUAGUAAAACUCAUUAAGUAAAAUAAUUCGGUUGAGAUUGAGAGUCCAGUUAAGGGUUAAGGGGAAUAGAUUCAUCUAAUACUAUUUAAUAUUUAUUAUAGCUAAUAUAUUUUUUCAUUUGUUUCAAAGAUUUUCGUAGAAUUUAAAUUGUAUAUAUGGGGAGAAAGAAAAAUUAGUUUUGAGUUUAGAACAUGGGUUAACAGGAAUCAUCCCUUAAUUAUAGGUUGGGGGUACUCGAUGACCUUUUCCCCUCAGAACACUUCAAUCGACGAGGUUGUUGACAUGGUAAAUAAUUACCGACUAAAACUGUGAAAUGUUGAAUAGUUUAUGUAUUAUAUCGAUGAGAAGGGUGAGGAACGUUGCAAUAAUCGUUCGAAUAGAACGUCAGCUUUAUGUAACCAAAAAGAAAAAUUUUAUUUGGUGAAGAUCGUGGGAGAAUAGGUUCGAAAAAUAAAUUUAUUAUACUCUUUUCCGAGUGAAAAGGAGUGUCGCAAGUCCCCCUCUUUGGCUGUUUAUGAAAAACAUCCAAAAAGUUUAAAAAAAUACCCGGCAUGAGGUUAUGUGUUAUGAAGUAUAUACAUUUGUACGUGCAAAUUAUGUUGAAUAAUUUAUACAAAACGAAUGUUGGAAUGACUGUUUAAACGGAAUGUUAGUUUUGUGUAAAUAAAGAGAAAAAUUUUAUUUUACGAAAACUGUAGAUAUUACACUUAAAAAAUAUAUUUAUUUGAUCUGUUUUGUGGACCGGGUUCAUCUUGUAAUAGUAAUUCGCGUCGUUUAAAGGGCGUUAUGGCUCGUUCCAUACUACCCCUUCUGCUUCACGAUAAUACCUCUAGCGAUGGCGCGGUUGAAACGCUUGAUAACGUUAGUAUACACAAUCGUGUGACACAGAUGCUCAGAAUAAUUAUACAGAGAAACGUAAAACAAUUCAAGUCUUUUUGGAAGACUUCUGCUUUCAAAAUCGUGCAAAAUAUUAUCAAACUUUUGAUUGUAUCCAUCCUGGUGCAAGUAAUUGUUAAUAAUAACUGUUAUUUACAGAUGCUUGGUGGUCAUAGUGUUGUGUUAAAGCCACAAUGGUGGAAGGACGAAAUCAAUCUUCGAAAAUAGACACACUAUUGCGUGACUAGAAUGGCCAGUUAUAUUGGGUUAAUGACAAAUGCACUAUACACGUUUAGUCCAUUAGAAUAUGUAAAACGUACUCGAAUAUGCGUACAAUACAUUGAAAUAUGCAGGAUAUGCAGGACAAGCAACAUUCUGCGUGAUCUAAUAAUUUGCAUAUUCUGGGGUACUCGCUGUGUUCUACGUACACCCACGUCACACUGUUGUAGCAAUGCCAUUUAGCGUUUCAGUCAUGCGACAACUAGAAACGCACACGUGAGAUAGAAGGGGUAGCAUGAACAGUGCCAUUCGACCCUCUAUUUUAUCUCUCGGGCGAAGAAGUCGAUGUUUUCGAAAGAUUGCAAAUUAAGAUCGAAAGAACUGUCGAAAUUAGUUAAAAAAUAAUUAGUCAGGGAGACCUGGCUGAGAAUCGUGUUUAAAUUCCAGGUGCAAAAGGGUUAAGAGUAAAAUUCGCGCGCCAUAUUUUCGAGGAUACGUUACGAUAGAAAGAAAAUUGAUUUUCGCAAAGUUUGGUGAGACGAUCCGCCCUUAAAACGGGUAGUUUCCUAGGAACGAAUUCUUUCGAAGUUGUAGACUCGGACGCGAUUGGAAAAAGGCAGUCCGGGGUGAACGAUCGUUUCUGUAUCGAAAGAAUUACGGGACCGUUUUUAUAUUUAUUCGCUGACCCGCGUCGUUUCCCAUUUGGAAUCCGUUCGACGCCGAAGAUAGAUGUUUCGAGACAAAAACAAGCCCCCCCCCCCACGGAGGGGACUGGAUGGUGGUCCAAGUAGAUCUCGUUGAAAGUCGAGGGAGAAAAUGCGCGCUGUGUGGACUUUCUGCAUAGAUACGCGAAACGAGAGGAACAUCAAAGGAGGACCGUUCGUGUAUAUACGUUGGAGCGUGCAUAAACCUCCUUAUCCGUUUGAUGGUAUCGACGAAUCCUACGACCCCUGGAAACGGAGGAGACCCUGUGCCAAACGAGAGAGUAAUACUCGAGAUACUCGCGAAAACCUUUCAAAACCUGCAGUCUGCUUACGUUGCACGCGUCGUUCCUUUGUGAAUAUUUGCCAGCCUGCCUCGUCCUGGAUGCUCGUGCAUGCGUGCCCCGCGGAGUGUCCCGAAAAUACGCGGGCACAAUGCCGAAAGAAUUCCGCUCGAAAAUAUCUGGUGGAAAAAGUGGAAUGGAAUUCUUUUUCUUUUUUUUUCUCCACCCUCGCGAUGCUUCGUUUACGAGGAAAUCGAUUCCGGGAGAUGAGCGACUGGGCACACGCAUGCUCCAUUCGAAUUUGACGGAUCUCCGUACGGAUGUUUGUGCAAACUACGCGCGAACGAUAAUUUAUGAUCGGAACGACUAUUCUUUCGUAAUGAAAUUCGCGCGGUUCAUCGACGCGACCGCGGAUCGCUAGAAUUAGCGUUUGAAAUGUUUGACAACGAAUCCUUUUGUUUUACGCGGAUCGGGAUUAUUAUUCGCAGGAAGCCAUUUUCUGUUCGUUACUGGUAAAUGAAAAUUGAAGGAGUAAUCGCUAUAGGGAUAUUUUGUAGUAUGGACAAUAGUAAUGAACGUGUUAACGCUAAACCUUCCACGACGCUUCUAAAAUUUUGUUUAGAAUUUCCAACAUAUAAUGGUAUU